GUAUUAUCUGUGCCAUACAAAUCAUAAUGGCGUCGCGAAAUCACUGACCGAGUGGUAGUUUAAUUUAGUUCAAUUAAUUCAAUUAAAUAAAGAUUUCUAUGUAAGACAAUGUUGUAAUUUCCAAAUAUUUGUAUAUAUCGUAAUACUAAAGUCCCCAGUAGGUUUUGGCAAUACAACAUAGAAUGUAGUGCUAAUGGAAUCCCUAGAAGAAUCAAAUUGUUACUCGUUAAGUGAUAGUUUUUCAUUGUAUGAACGCUAUAUGAGAAGUUUUAAAGUAGCUAAUCCUCUGCCAGAACCGAAAAGCAGCUUUGGAACCGGGGAACACUCCAACAAUUCACAACGUUCAAGUAGUCGAGGUAACAUCGAGUUGUCCGUGGCGCGCACUAACGUCACAAGUAAACAUUGUGAAACAGCUGAGCCCGAAUCUAGUACAAGAAAUAUAGAUUCUACUGACAAUAUCGCUGUUAAGAUUUUCGGCUUAGACUUAGAAAUAUGCACCAAAGUUAAUUCUGAAAGCGAUUCUCUCCCAGCGUUAUCACUCGAAAAUUCCUCUGCAACAGUCGAGCAUAGUCUUUUGCAGGAUAAAUCUAGCGGAACCGACGCACAUGGUUCAUCUGAAAAUUCAAGAACGGAGACGUUCAAGCAACCCGUCUUCAUAACCUCUACCAUGGAAAAUAGUAACAAUGCUGUAGACAGUGUGCCCCUAUUCCGUGAUGUGAGAUUGCCAGAGAAUGUUUUUAAAUUACCGAUAAGUGAAUUAUCAUUUAAUGGUACCAUAAAGCAUGUACAAAAGUUGAAACCAAUUGUAGAUCCUAUGUCUGCAUUGAGUUCUAAUACUGGAUUAAAUUUGUAUGAUAGAAAUUCAGGAUCCUGUCAUAGCGGCAGUGAUCAAGAAGCUAAGCAAGAUUCAAAGAGUUUUAUUGAUGAAAAAAGUACAUGUGAACUCAGCAGAACCUACAAGACUGAGAGCACUGGAGACUCCCAGUAUGAAGAAUUGACUUGUAAAAAAGAUGCAGAGCCUGCAAACGAUAGCAGCUCAACAAAGUGGAAUUUGGAUCAGAGCUACUCUUCUCUAGAUGCCUCUUUUGAUAGUGGGGUUAGGUCACCAGACAUGUUUUCUGAUCAUGACGAUGAUGAUGAAGGCAAAAAGCUCAUAUCUGAAUCAGAACCAUUUUGGAAUUUUCUUAAGGAUUAUGAAAUCUAUGACAACAUGAGAGUGAAGAAAAUUGAAGAAAAGCUGCAAGGACUUAUUCCUCCACCUUCUGUAACAACAUUAAAAACAGAUGUCACGGAAAUGCUGAAGAAAUAUUACUGUUUUCUACCGAUCUUCAAUGAGGGCACUAAAGUUAAUUCACCUGAAGUUGACUGUACAACUCCAACAAAAAGAGUGUCGUUUAUCGAAAUCCCAGAGCAAACAGUAAAAUCACAUCCUCUUGAAGAACAAAGUAUCGGUGGAAUGUUUAACAGUAUAAAUGCUGCAAAAAUAUUAAAAGAUCAGAAUAGGAGCAACGAGACAACUACAAAUGACAAGACUAUCAAUAUAAAAAUGUGCAGUGAAAGUGAAGCCAAGGAUACUGUUUGGCCAAACAUAAUGAAGUGCAAAUAUUAUGAUGUUUAUUACAACAGAACAAAAUAUUCAGAAAAGUAUGAAUUGUUGGCAUUAAAGUAUGGAGAGAGGUAUGUAGGAGCUGAAACUGAUACGAGUGUAAAUAUCUAUUCGGGUGGGUUUCAGUCGCCCAGUAGUGCAACCAAACGAAAAGCAAUGCGUCUCAAAAUGGCACAAGCAAAAUCUCCAGGCCGUCGUUUGUCUCACUUGGCACGCAGACGUCAAGCUUUUUGCAGUGCUGCUACUAUAAACGAAAAAGCUCAAGCUUCCACAGCUAAAAUGGUCCUUAUUGAUAAAAACUUCUUCCCGCAUCGAAAACUAAUAAAUUCAGCCGAAAGAAAAAGUCCGCGCUUACGCCGCACCCCGGGCAAGAAGACACCUACGAGGCGCACUCCCACAAAAAAAACACCAGCCAAAACACCAAAGACCCGCAGCGGCGGCUCCAGUAAGAAGAAAGCUAUGCGUAGAUUACUUCUGGAAUCGGACGCAGUCAUUCGGUCACAGCCCUCGAGGGAGACUUUAAAACGCGCUCUUUUCAUCAGUCCAGAAAAUAGAAAAGCUGUUCCUCUCGUACCGAGUACUUCAGUACCUUUGCAGGCUAUGAGGUCGAAGAGAGCUUUAUUUGGCUCCCCGGAACGGUAUGCCGAAUCUAAAAGUUGCGAUGGUAGUCAAAGUGACAUGUUCUUGAAACGGAAGCUAAGUGCAUUAGAUGAAGAGCCGGCGAGCAGUAGAAGUAAGAUAGCGAAAAGUUUGUCCUUCGGAGGGGACAGCAUAGAGAACCUUCAGUCGAUCGGUUUCAGUCGGAGAUCGUCCGAGGUGUUCACAAGUCGAAAUUCCGCAGAACUUAAUGAAAUGCAUAAGAAGAAAUUAUUGUGGGCCGUAUCUGAAGCUCUGCGCGUUCACGGCUGGCGCAUGUCGUCUCCGGGAUUUAAAGAGAAGGCGUCGUCGCUGGCCCGGCUCACACGUCGACUUCUGGCCCUGCCUCAACAUGCCGCUAAGCUAGCAGCGCCUAAACUCUCCACUUCGGAUACUAUGCUCAAACUGGCAAGGCAGUACGUGUACGCGAUAAUCCAGGGUCGGACGGUUGAGGAUUGUUUCGAAGAGGAACAGACUAAGUUGACGAACCAGGCCAACAACAAAUUGACCGGCUACAUAUCGGCCGUCGCCUAUCAACAGAUGCGAGCGCGGCAGCAGGCCGGCGCCCUCACCUCUCGGAUCAAGGAGAACACGUGCAGCGACGCGUCCUUCCGCCAGGACCAACCCAAGAGCUGCUCCAAAAACGUGCUCCAAGACAAACUCGUCAACGUGGACGCCAACUCCAACAGCAGCGGAACGAGCCUCUUCGAUAAAUCAGGAAUUCCUCUGUACAAAUCCAACUCGAUGCCUUCCUUCGAAGAGGCGGCUAAGAUGAGAGCCCGCCGACAGAUUAGCUUCGACAACGUUGAUUUUCCUAAAAGGUGAAUUAAUACUAAAAUAGCUAUCUAUUGUAAAUUAUUUUAAAUAAAAUAUUAAUUAGUCGAAUUAUUGAAACAGCACGGACAUUGUAAAUACUAUAAUAAAUUAUUGUAAUUAGUUUUAGUAAAAUAUUUAAAUAUCCUUAAGAAUUAACUGUACGUGUAUUGUCGCAAUUUUACGAUUUCUUGACUGAAAAUGACGGCACAUUGAUGUAGUCUUAAAUGGUUUAUGAAUUUAAUGUUUUUUUUUUUUAGAUAUGUUAAUGUAUAUUGAAGUGCAUGUCGUAUAGUCUAUUAAGUGCUUCCUUCUGUUUGUUUGUAACGUGGGAGGUAAUGGCAUCCGAAGCUGGAGCGAUAACUAAAUGCCAACCUAGCUAAUGGUAAUGGAUUAACUGUGUCUCGAGCUGGUCCGCGGCGCUUACUUAUUUUAUCUAUGGGCUCUGAUUAAUUUCAUCACGUGGAUUAUGUGUUCGUCUGUUCAAAAGUAAGAAGGGCAUUUCCUAACAAAUCAUACUAUUUUAAUAUAAUAAAUAGUGGUAUUUUAAUAUUUUGCGAACCCGCAUUGGAAAAUUCACAAAACAAUUUUAUCAAAAUUACUGAGUUUCAUCCAAUUUUCUGUUCCGUCAACUGAAGGCACGGAAAAAAGGGUAGAAGAUUCCCGCAUCUAGCGAAGCUAAAGUUUGGAUGAUCUUUACGUGGAUACGACUUAUAUGGUAAGAUGGGAAGACGAGUAAAAUUAAAACUUACGCUCGGUAAAAUCGUCCUGUUGUAUGUAAUGGUGGGUAAUACAGUUGGUUAUAUAAGACAUCACGCAUCGAAUCCAGGUCUACUUGGAUAUUCGAAUUUUCUGGAAAUUAUCUCCGUCGUCGAACACAAUCGUAGAUACAGUCUGGAAUGAACAUCACAAGAGAAGAGGGGAUGUGACCGCCCUGAUCAUACUUGAAAGCAUUCAGUGACUGCGCAACUGAAGACUAUCUGGUUAACAUGGUCCGAGGUCAGGCGAUAGUGGAAUUCUUUGACAUCCUCUGCUCCAUCUAAAGGCCACAAGACAAAUGAGGCCGUCAGCGCAAAGGUGCCCUAACCUUACCAUAGUUAAUAUGGAGAUCAAGAGAUUUCAUUUUAAUUUUACACUGCUUCGUAGGCAAAAACAAUACGCACAAAAAUAAUGUUUACAAAGGCAUCUGUUAUCUAUGGGUGAAACUAGGAUAGGCCAAUUUUGCAUCAAAACUUAUGUUUUGAAUAAAUUGCAAUGUAUAAAUCCGAAUAUGAAAAAUUGUGGGCUAGGCCACUUUUGCACUGACCGCCUAUAUCUAUCGAAUAUUUUCUCAAAAAAAUUAACUAUAAAACAGUUUCGGCAAGUUUUGUGCGCUUAAAGCCUUCGUCAAACAGAACGCGUAAUUAGCGCGCGUCAGAGCGCUACGCUAUGACGCCGAGAUGUGAUGUACUGCGGUGGUAGCAUACCGUCACACAGAGCGCCAGCGCUAUAAGCGCUAUAGCGCUGGCGCUCUGUGUGACGGUAUGUUACCAUAGUAGUACAACGCGUCCCGGUGUCAUAGCGCGGCGUCAGUUUAGCGCUCUGACGCGCGCUAAUUACGCGUUCUGUUUGACGAAGGCAUUACAUUGCGGAAAAGCAAAUUAUUAAAACAGAUUAAAUCAAAUUAUUGGAAAGGUAUCCCGUUUGUGGAAUAGUAUUGUUUAAUUAUCGUUUCAGUGUUCGGAACAGUUACUUCACAUUAAAUAUAUGUUGUUUUAGGUAUGCGUGAUCUAAAUGACUUAGCAAUUAGUAAUUUAUAAAAAAGAAGAAACGAAAUUUCGUAUAAAAAACUUAGUCUUUAUCUAGCACAUAUUUCUUUGUGUCCUUUAUGUGUACUGAAUUAAGUGUGACUUGCUUAAUGUGUUACUUCUUGCAGGAUUCGAUCUCAGAUCUUAUCAAAUAAAUAAAUGGAACUUAAAUAAAAUUGUUUGAUAAUUCAA